AGUAUUUGUGCAUAACUUGAUUGAUUACUUAAAUUACAUCCUAGGAACAGAGUUAUACACAUACAUAGAAGUGCAAAGCCUCAAUUUUUCAUUAAGUCUUGAGCAAGGACUGAAAAAUUGUCUAAAGUGUCCAAUUCACCCCCCUCUUGGUCACUUUCUUUGGGACAACAAAUUGGUAUCAGAGCUUGUCUCUCUUGCUUGAGGUUUAAACACCUUAGAGAGAUCCUACAAUGGCUGGCACAUCUAACACAGCUGGUAUCCCUGCACCUUUAGCUGAAGGACACUCUAUCACUAGACCACCUUUGUUUAAUGGUUCUAAUUAUUCUUUUUGGAAAGUGAGGAUGAGAAAUUUUAUUCAAUCUGUUGAUAUUGAAGCAUGGCAAAGAAUUGUUAAAGGUCCUGAAAUUCCAUUAGAAUUGCAUGCUGAUGGUUAUAGAGAAAAACUAGAAGAUGAAUAUAAUGAACUUGAUUGGAAGAAAGUUUCUUCAAAUGCUAAAGCUUUAAACAUUCUUCAUUGUGCACUUGAUGCAACUGAGUAUAAUCGUAUUUCAGGUUGUGCAUCUGCAAAAGAAGUGUGGGAUAAACUUGAAGUCACAUAUGAAGGGACUAAUCAAGUGAAGGAAUCAAAAGCAAAUAGGCUUGUUCGGGAAUAUGAACUAUUUGAGAUGAAACCUGGAGAAACCAUUUCAGAAAUGAAAUUCACUGAAGAAGAGUUAGUCAAGAAAGUCUUGAGGUCACUACCUAAAUCAUGGGAAACAAAAGUUACGGUGAUCUUUGACACCAAAGAUUUCUCCAAAUUCACUUAUGAUGAGCUGAUUGGUUCUCUUAUUGCUCAUGAAAUGCUUUAUGACAAGAGCAAGAGCAAUGUAGAUGAUGAAAAGAAAAAGAGAGGAAUUGCCUUAAAGUCAAGCCAAGAGGAUGAAUUAAGGAAAACUAUAGCUUUUAAGGUUGCCUCAAGUGAUGACUCAAUUGUUCAAGUGAUGAAGAUGAUCUUGCCGUGA